GUGCUAAGUAGAUCAGCUGGAUCAUAUUUCCAUUGAGGUCAGUACUAUCACGCACUGAAGAUGCCUGCAGCGCUACAGUCUGGAGAAUAGAGAAGAAACACCAUUAAGUGCUUAAAAGGCUUGUAACCAUGGAAACAAGAGAUCCCAGACCCAGCCCUCAAGGUCUUGUCUCCCAGGAUGAUGCUGGUCUGUGGAUGAAGACAGACUCCAACCCAGUGACUGACCACACAGAGAGCCCAUCGGUAACCUGUGGUGAGAGGCCCCAAGAUGAACCCAAAGUCACACCCCCUGCCCCUGCCCCUGUACUGAAACCUAGGUACUACGGUGUGAUGGAUGAUGUGGGUGCAGAUUAUGUCUUCAUCCCACCGCCUCCUCCAUCCUACACGGCUCCUUCGCUGCCAACAGCGGGAAGCACAGAUGCAAUGGUGAAUAAUCCCACUGUGACCCUUACAAAUGGGGGAGCUGACGCCAGAGAGGCUAAAGCUAAUCCAAGUGGCUUAGACUGGCAUCAUGAUGAGAGGCAGUUAAUGGCAGCACACAACAAGGUAAAUGAAGUGAAAGCAAGUACAGCACAUACUUCUAUGGAGUCUAUGGACACUGUAUCUCUGUCUGAAGACAAGGACUGCACUCUAGCAAAAGACCAAACCUCCAUGGAGUGCACAGGUAGUCUCAUGGAAACAUGUUAUGAUCCAUCUGGAAGACACAAUCAGGAUAGCACAACAGGAGAUGAAGAAUCAAAUGUGGAACAUGAGGAUGUUGUCAUUUUGAGUGGACGACAGGAAAACUGGAGUGAAACUGAUGCAGAAGGAGAUAAAUAUCCAAAACAAGUACCAUCAAAUACUGAGAAAGACAAAGAUGUAUGUGAUCUUGCUGAGACAGAUUUAAAACUAACGACAGAAAACAUGGAUUUUGUGGAGACAAAUGCUCUAACUGAUUUUGAGUCCUGUGGGCCACCAGAGCUCUGCAAAUGCAACCAAAACAAGACCAAUCAGCCACAGGUACCAGAGGUGUCCAAUUAUGAUGAAGGGCAUGUUGACAACAAAUCUUUGGACUCCAACCUCACAAAGGAUGACUGGGUGAGAAGAGAGAGUGGCACUAGCAAAACGCAAGUGUCCCGUCUGUCCAUCUCUGAAGGCUAUGAGGAGAUAAAGGGAGAGCAAGAAGAUGUAAGCAGGAAAAUAUCUACUGAUAUCCAACAAGGAGAGCAACUGCUUCAACGUCUGCAACAGGUGCAGCUACGACAGGAUGUACAUCUACCAGAGAGCCCUCACACCUCCCAGCAGGUUGUCCAAGAGACGAGAGGUGAGACAAAGGGUGUGCUUGGGACUGAAGCAGAUGAUGUUAGAGCAAGAGAAGGGGAUCUGACAGGUGUAGAGAGUAAAUCUCACACUGUUGAGGAUGAGGGGGCGAAGACAAACCUGACGGAGAAGGAAAGGAAUGAGGGUAAAGAUGUUGAAACAAUAGCAAUGAUGUCUUCGUCAACAAUGCCUGUAGAGCCAGAGCAUCACAUCAUUGCCAGAACAGAGGAAGGUGACUCUGAUGAUGAUCAAAGUAACAGCUGGGUACCUGUAGAUGUGUCUCCAAUCAACCCCCUUGAAACAUCUCCCACCCAAACUCCCUUUCCAUCCACCCGCCACCGAUUGUCAGUCACUGAGACUUCCAUUGAGAGGCAGAUCCAUGAGGCAGCCAAUGAGAAGCAGAACCUGCAGAGAGCCGGCGGUCUCUUCAACCUUGCAGAUAAUCCAGAUGUGCUAGAGAUCCCCUUCAAGACCAAUAUCUCGCUUGAGCCACUUGCCACCACGGUUGGCCCAGACCAGCGAAGAGACUGGCAGUUCUCCGAACAGAAGAUGCAGAAGGAGAUAAGUCAGGAGAUCCAGAGAGAACUGGUGCUGGUCAACCAGGGGAAGAUCCCAGGGGGUUACAGUAAAGGGGAAGUCCGCCAAUUAAAGGAGACCAAACUGCUGUUUGAGGCUUUUCAGCAGGAUAACACAGACGGUCCAACAAGGCAAAGGAAACUCCCAACCUCACUAAUGAAAGAUCAUGUUUACCCAUCUGUGCUGGAGCGGACACGAAGUCUAGAGAUGUUUUCACUUAAAAGUCGCCCCAUUUCCAGAGCACAUUCCCUCAGGCUGUACAAAUCUGCAACCUCUGAGAUGGAGAAAAGUCCUGACGACUUAAGAUCAAGGAGUCCAGUUGGUGGUUCUCGGGACAAAACACGUUUAUUCCCCUACCCAAAACAAGACAAACAGACACGCCUGCACAGAAGCAUGGACUCCAUAAGCGCGGAUGUCUCUACGUCAGCUGUGGAGACUAGGAGUAAAAUUAGGGAGGGAAACGCGACACAAGAAUCUCCCAUCCUCAGACAAAACCCCUUCUACAAGUUGCGACCAGCCCUGGCUCUGCAACCCGAAGUAGAGAAGGACAUCCGGGAGGCCAAAGAAAGAGAGGAGGAGCUGCGCAGACAGAGAUCCAGUCUGUACGGAGAGAACAGGCAGAAUAGUGAAGAUGGAGAAAAGUCACAACCAACACUUGAACCAGAUGUCAGGCGACAGUCCAGGGGGAAACUGGAACGGGUUUGGCCGCCGCCUUCCAAGAAAGACCAGCAGACACAGCAGGAGCCAAAAGUUCACAGAGCAGGAGGUCAGAAGGCUCCUCUGUGGCAACGCUGGGAGUCCGGCCUGGUCAACGGGCAGCCGUCAAAGGAAAAUAACUGAUAUUGGCCAUCCUGAUGUCUUCAACACUUCAAAUAGAAUAUCUAUGAUCUUCCAUGCUAGAGCUGCACA